AGAAUUUGGCGCCAUCUUGAGAAGGUCACAGUGAUUCUUAAAAUAAAUGCCUUACUUACCGCCUAGUGUGACCUGGCGCCUGGAUUCAGUCUCCCCAGCAACUGCGCCUCAAACGGAAAGAAAACUGCAAGUCCUCGAGGAAGGAUCGAUUGCACCAUUCAAGAGAAUACUCCAUUUCCCAAAGAGAUUCCUCCUCUUUAUGUAAACGCCUGGUACCUAGCAGGCGUUAAAAUACACGUGCGUUAUUUGGUUUUAUAAGAUCACAUACUGCAAACCAACAGUAAAUGAUUACAUUAAUAAGCACUUCUUUAGAAAUUCUUAGUUGCUAGGCACUGACAUAUAAAUUGAGUUUGCUGUUGUUUUAGAGAGAAACAUAGACAUAUAUUCAUUUUUUUUCAAUCAGGAUAUGAUAUUUGUUUCCUUCUUAAGCUUCCCAUGUUUGAGGUAGGAAAGUAUUGAUGUGUGUUUCUAUCUCCAUCUACCUUGCUCCCUCAUUAGCAAGUUUAAUUAUGUCUGUUUUGUUGGAUCCCCAGGUCUAGUAGAGCGCCUUGACACAUAGUAAGUACCCGGCACAGGUGCUGGCUUCAUGAUGAAAGAGUUGUCCUCGAAUCAAUACAAAAGGGAAGGUUCAGGCUCAGCGAGCUGGUACCACUCGUCUAGGGACACACAGCCAGGAAGGAACCAAACCAGGAUUCUAAAUCCAGGAUUACCCAAGUUCUAACUGAACCUAAGUCCCUGAGCGACCCUGGACGAGUGACUAAACGGCCCUAAAUCUCAGCUUCCUUAGCUUCAAAAUACGGUUAGGAAAAGUGGACUGGGUGGUCCUCUGCGCCGCAUUCCAGCAGCGGGCUUUGUGAAAACGAACUUGAGCCCCCCACUGCGGCAGCCCGAGGUCCUCACAACCAGAAUCAAGCACCCAAGACAAGACCUCCAGGGACUUCAGACCUUCCAGCUCCCGACCCCGCCCGCCCCGAGAGGCGUGGUCAAGGCGGGGUCAGAGCAAAAACGCUUGCACUGAACUGUAGGGCGCAGGCGCAAAGCCUUGGUGCCUUCAGAGGCGGGUUCCCAGCUCGGAGCCAACUGGCAGACGCGCCCCGCCCCUUGGCGUUGCUCUGGACCAGCGCAGGCGCAGGCUUAGGCCGGCAAGAUGGCGGCGGCUGGAGGGGGCCGUCUGAGGCGGGCGGCGUCUGCCCUGCUGCUCCGGAGCCCCCGCCUGCCUGCCCGGGAGCUGUCGGCCCCGGCCCGGCUCUAUCACAAGAAGGUUGUUGAUCAUUAUGAAAAUCCUAGAAACGUGGGGUCCCUUGACAAGACAUCUAAAAAUGUUGGAACUGGAUUGGUCGGGGCUCCAGCAUGUGGUGAUGUAAUGAAAUUACAGAUUCAAGUGGAUGAAAAGGGGAAGAUUGUGGAUGCUAGGUUUAAAACAUUUGGCUGUGGUUCUGCAAUUGCCUCCAGCUCAUUAGCCACUGAAUGGGUGAAAGGAAAGACGGUGGAGGAAGCCUUGACUAUCAAAAAUACAGAUAUCGCCAAGGAGCUCUGCCUUCCUCCCGUGAAACUGCACUGCUCCAUGCUGGCUGAAGAUGCAAUCAAGGCCGCCCUGGCUGAUUACAAAUUGAAACAAGAACCCAAAAAAGGAGAGGCAGAGAAGAAAUGAGCCCUCCCUGGGCGAAGCCUCCAGCAGGCUAAACCAGCUGUUUCCCACCUGCUGUGCAAUCACCUUAGAUGUUCAGAAGCCGCUCCCUCUGCACUGAAGAGCUAUGAGAUACGCACAAUACUUUCUGUUCAUGUUAUGACUUAUGCAAGCAAAAUACACAGUUUCAUUGUUCUGAAUCCAUGGUUUCUUUCAGCCCACUCUACCGCCUUAACCUAGUUAAUGUAUAUUUUGAAUUGUGUGUAUGGCCUCAGAACUGAAAUUGAUAAUGAAGUCUCAAGUUUUGAUAGCCUGUGAAGUGCAUAAAUAUGUUAAUUUUACCUGAAUUGAUUUGGGGGGAAAUUACCAGUAGAAUGCCCUGGUCUGAUUAUUUGAUAGAACCAAUUGUUGUACAUAAAACAGAUCUGCAUAUAUAUAUAUAUAUAUAUAUAUAUAAAAUAAUAAAAUAAUGGAAUGAUGA